CUGGGCGGCGAAGCGGUGGUGGACGAGCGGGGCUUCGAUCAACCCCAAGGGUCUUCCCCAUUUCCGUCAAUCGCGGUCGAAGAAGACAAUGAACACAUCUCGCAAAUCAGGAACUUCGAUCAGAGAGAGGUGGAAUCAGAAUGUGAUGGCGAUAAGAUCCCAAAUCCCGGCAGCGAUGAAACUGCAGGGCCGCCGGUUUCGGACGAACAUGGGGCAGUAUCUUCUCCCCUCGACUUGAACCGGGGGGAGUCUUCUUCUCCGAAUUGCGCACAGGGAACCGCCAUUUUCGAAUUAGAACCGUAUUUGGGCCCGGAAUUCGAUUCAGAGGUGGAAGCGGUGGAAUUCUACUGUGCAUAUGCGCAGCGGGUGGGUUUCGCAAUCCGGAUGGGGGAUCUGAAUCGGGCUCGAGAUGGAUCGGUGAUCUCGAGGAGGAUUGUUUGCAACAAAGAGGGGUAUAGGAAGUCCCAUAGGUAUCAGCAGAAGCAGAACUUGGGGAUAAGUGCUGCAGAGCGGAAGCGUCGCCAUCGGGCUGUUACUAGGGUUGGAUGCAAGGCGAAAGUAGGGUUCACGAGGCAGAAAUCUGGGAGAUGGGUUGUGAAAAUCUUGGUGAAGGAGCACACUCAUCCGCUGGCUGCUGCCACCCAGCUUCAAGAUCAACGUUCGAUAGGGACUCGCGUCUAUCAAAUUCCGGCUGCUGAUGAAAGGAUCCGCCAACUUAGUGAUGAGCUGCUAAUGGAAAGAAAACGUUCGGCAUCACUCCGAGGAUAUGUAGAUCAGCUACUGAAUCACAUUGAGGAGCAUACAGAAGGGCUGACCCGAAAGAUCCAACACAUAGUAGAAAAAGUAAAGAAGAUCGACUCUGAAGGGAAUAACAGUGAUGAGCUGCUAAUGGAAAGAAAACGUUCGGCAUCACUCCGAGGAUAUGUAGAUCAGCUACUGAAUCACAUUGAGGAGCAUACAGAAGGGCUGACCCGAAAGAUCCAACACAUAGUAGAAAAAGUAAAGAAGAUCGUAUAG